UGCCUGCGCCAGCUUCCCUGCACGUCGGUCCGCAAUGGCCGCCGCGUUCGUGCUACGGAGUCUGUACCGAGCGCGGCUCGCCCUUCGCUGUCCGCCCGCGCAGCUGCCAUGGGCCCCGCGGCGUGGGCAUCGGCUCACGCCGGCGGAUGACGAACUGUACCAGCGGACGCGCAUCUCUCUGCUGCAGCGCGAGUCCCCGCACGAUAUGUACAUCGACAGCUACAACAGCCGCGGCUUCACCGUCAACGGAAAUCGCGUACUUGGGCCCUGUGCGCUACUCCCACACUCGGUGGUGCAGUGGAACGUAGGUUCUCACCAGGACAUCACCGAGGAAAGCUUCUCUCUAUUUUGGAUGCUGGAGCCCCGAAUAGAGAUUGUUGUGGUGGGCACUGGAGACCGGACUGAGCGGCUGCACUCCAACUUGCUGCGAGCCAUGAGGCAGCGGGGCAUCGCUGUGGAAGUGCAGGACACACCCAAUGCCUGUGCCACUUUCAACUUCCUGUGUCAUGAAGGCCGAGUGACAGGAGCUGCUCUCAUUCCCCCACCUGGUGGGGCUGCACUCACAUCUCUGGCCCAAGCUGCAGAAUGAACCACCAGGAACUUACCUGACCCGUCCAGGAGGGCCCUAGCACCUUUUGCAGAAUGCAGUGGUUCCCAAAGCUUUCACUAGCCCCUCCCCCUUUGUCACUGUAACACUUGUCUUGUUUGCCAGCAAAUUAAUAAUUUAACCCACUCCUCUGAUUUUGUA